CGGACGGUCUUUCUCCACUAGUCAGGUCCAACCGAAGCAUCGCAAAAUGGCACCAAAGAACGAUAACCUCUGCGCACUGGUGUACGGUCCGAACGAUCUCCGCUUGGAGCCCCGGCCUAUUCCCGAACCCGCCUUCAACGAGGUGGUCGUCGAAGUCGACAGCUGCGGAAUUUGCGGAACGGACAUUCACUUCCUCAAGGAUGGGGGCUUCGGAGCUCAGAGGCUCGUCAAGCCAAUCGUACUGGGGCACGAAUCUGCUGGAGUUGUGCGGAAGGUUGGCAGUCAGGUGACGCACCUCAAAAUCGGGGAUCGAGUGGCGAUCGAGCCGGCUGCCGGUUGUAGGACCUGUGAUCUGUGCAAGGUUGGCAAGUACAACAUUUGUCUGGAUGGCAAGCAUUGCACAACGCAAAAGCACGAUGGAAACUGCUCAAAUUACUACGCACAAUAUGCGGACUGCUGUUUUAAGAUGCCGGACCACGUUACGAUGGAGGAAGGUGCUCUACUGGAGCCGCUGGCCGUAGCCGUUUAUGCCGGUCGACGGGCUCAGAUUGGAUUGGGUAAUAAGGUCGUUAUUUUUGGAGCAGGCCCGAUUGGGUUGGUGUGCUUGAUUGCGGCCAAAGCCAUGGGGGCUACGAGGACUGUGAUUUUGGAUUUGGAACACGCAAAGCAUCGGUUGGAGGUGGCCAAGCAGCUGGGCGUGACCGGAGUGAUCGGAAUCAAGAAGGAAGAUACGGAGGAAGAACUGGUGCAAAGGAUUCACGAGAUACUGGGAGGACCGGCCGAUAGGGUGCUGGAAUGUUCCGGUUCGCAGCCGGGUAUGAGAAUUUCGAUCAAGGCCACACGGAAUGCCGGAAGGAUUUGUCUCGUGGGGCUGGGAAACAAGGACGUCCAGCUACCGAUGGUGGAUGCCAUUUCGAGGGAAAUUGACAUUACGACGUGCAUGCGGUACAAUCACGACUACCCAGCGGCGAUGGAAAUCGUUGCCAGUGGAUAUGUGAAUGUGAAACCGCUGGUUUCCCACCACUUUGAUCUGUCCAACGUGCAAGAAGCAUUCCGAGUAGCUAGCCAAGGCGAAGGAAUCAAAAUCAUGAUCCACCUUGUUCCACGGGACACCAACAAUCCGGUCAAAUUCACCAACUAACAACUGAAAAGGAGAUUUCUUUCCCAGUAACGUUGCCAUAUUCAGUUGUAGUAUCAGCUAUACAUAAUAUAUUAAAAUAGAGUAUGUGAAAACCA